AUGGACUAUAAUAGGAUGAACUCCUUCUUAGAGUACCCACUCUGUAACCGGGGACCCAGCGCCUACAGCGCCCACAGCGCCCCUACCUCCUUCCCCCCCAGCUCGGCUCCGGCUGUUGACAGCUACGCCGGCGAGCCCCGCUAUGGCGGGGGCCUGCCCAGCCCCGCUCUCCAGCAGAACCCAGGCUACCCCACCCAGCAGCCGCCUUCCGCGCUCGGGGUGCCCUUCCCCAGCUCCGCGACCUCGGGGUACGCCCCGGCCGCCUGCAGCCCCAGCUACGGGCCCUCUCAGUACUAUCCUCUGGGCCAACCGGAAGGAGACGGAGGCUAUUACCAUCCGUCGAGCUAUGGGGCCCAGCUAGGGGGCUUGUCCGACGGCUACGGAACCGGUGGAGCGGGCCCGGGGCCCUACCCUCCCUCGCAGCCCCCUUUCGGGACCGAGCAGACGGCGAGUUUUGCGUCGACCUAUGCCGAUCUCCUCUCCGAGGACAAGGAAUCGCCCUGCCCGUCAGAACCCAGCACCCCCACAGCCCGGACAUUCGACUGGAUGAAGGUUAAGAGGAACCCACCCAAGACAGCGAAGGUGUCUGAGCUGGGCCUCGGCGGCGCGCCUGGCGGCCUCCGCACCAACUUCACCACGCGGCAGCUGACCGAGCUGGAGAAGGAGUUCCAUUUCAACAAGUACCUGAGCCGGGCCCGGAGGGUGGAGAUCGCCGCCACCCUGGAGCUCAACGAGACGCAGGUCAAGAUUUGGUUCCAGAACCGGCGCAUGAAGCAGAAGAAGCGCGAGCGGGAGGGAGGCCGGGUGCCCCCAGCCCCUCCCGGCUGUCCCAAGGAGGCGGCUGGAGACGCCUCCGACCAGUCGACAUGCACCUCCCCAGAGGCCUCGCCCAGCUCUAUCACCUCCUGA